AUGGUUUACUGGUACGAGGACGGCACCGACACCGAGAAAGGCCAAUGCGUGCGUAUCUGGGACGUCCCCGGCACCCUAUCGGGCGACAUUCUUCGCCUCCGUCGUAACCUACCGCAGAGGAAGUGCCAUUUCGAAAUCGACGGCGACACGAUCCGCGCUCUGCCCGAGUACCUGGAGCCCCGCGAGCCGAUCGACGACUCCGAGGACAUCAGCGAGCUCGUCGCCAGCCUUCCACUCGUCGAGGUCGACAAGAAACGGCACUUUGUGAAGAAGGGGACUUAUCGAAGCGAGAUCCGUAACCUACUCGCAUGCCAGGGCGGCGAGUGUCCCGGCCAGCCGCUCUCGCAACACAUCAUCCAGCUCUUGGGCCGAUCGGACAAGGGCGAGCUCGUCUUCGAGAAGAUGUCCACUCGCCCCUUCAUCCUUCCACAGUUCUCGGACCUGGCCACCUACAAGCGCUGGUUGCUACACCUCCUGGAUGCUCUCCAGACCCUCCACUCCCUCGGCAUCGUCCACCGUGACAUACGUGUCGAAAAUGUCGUCUUCUCUCGUGACGGCAAGCGUUUGGUAGUGUGCGAUCUCGAGGAGCACUGGGGAGUGCGGAACGCGCCUGAGCUAGUGCCGGAAGUGUUAGAUGCCGGCUGGUCUCCCGAGUCUGAUGUGUACGAUAUCGGCCACUUCAUUGAAUGCAUGGUGUAUGCGAACGCGCCACUUACCAGACAGGUAGAGUGGCCGGUCCCCGCACCGCUCGAUGCAAUCGUCGCGGCAUGCAUGUGCGAGGUGCCCGAAGACCGCCCAACGGUGAAGCAACUGCGCGCCAUGGUGGAAGCCAUCGAGACGGAUGCUGAGUGGUGA